AUGUCAGAUGGUUCUCAUUGGCCGGGUACUUGGGCUUCUGGAGAAGCGGACCACUCAAGAGGAGACCAUGCUGGUGUAAUCCAGGCUAUGCUAGCUCCUCCAAAUGCAGAACCUGUUUUUGGUGCAGAAGCAGAUGGUGAGAACUUGCUUGACACUACAGAAGUUGAUAUUAGGUUGCCAAUGUUGGUCUAUGUGUCUCGCGAGAAAAGGCCAGGUUAUGAUCACAACAAGAAAGCUGGGGCAAUGAAUGCUCUAGUUAGAACCAGUGCAAUCAUGUCAAAUGGUCCAUUCAUUCUGAAUUUGGACUGUGAUCACUACAUCUAUAACUCUUUGGCUUUGAGGGAAGGGAUGUGCUUUAUGCUUGAUAGGGGUGGUGAUAGGAUCUGCUAUGUUCAGUUCCCCCAAAGGUUUGAAGGGAUUGAUCCAAGCGAUCGGUAUGCUAACCAUAACACAGUAUUCUUCGAUGUGAGCAUGAGAGCUCUUGAUGGCCUACAGGGUCCGAUGUAUGUUGGAACAGGCUGUAUUUUCCGUAGAACAGCUCUUUAUGGCUUUAGUCCUCCUAGAACCACAGAGCACCAUGGAUGGUUUGGUAGGAGGAAAAUUAAAUUGUCCUUGAGGAAACCCAAGGCAGCAAAGAAGCAAGAGGAUGAGAUAGCUUUGCCGAUCAAUGGGGGUCAGAACGAUGAUGAUGAUGCAGAUAUUGAGUCUUUGCUUCUGCCUAAAAGGUUUGGGAACUCUACUUCUCUAGCUGCAUCUAUUCCAGUUGCAGAAUACCAGGGAAGACUGCUUCAGGAUUUGCAAGGAAAAGGUAACCAAGGAAGACCCGCUGGUUCCCUUGCAGUGCCUCGUGAGCCUUUAGAUGCUGCAACUGUUGCAGAGGCGAUUAGUGUAAUCUCUUGUUUCUACGAGGAUAAAACUGAGUGGGGAAAAAGAGUUGGAUGGAUAUAUGGUUCAGUGACAGAAGAUGUGGUGACUGGUUAUCGUAUGCACAAUAGAGGAUGGAGGUCCGUAUAUUGUGUUACCAAAAGGGAUGCAUUUCGAGGCACAGCACCUAUAAAUCUAACAGACAGGCUCCACCAAGUCCUUCGAUGGGCAACAGGUUCGGUAGAAAUCUUCUUUUCACGGAACAAUGCACUAUUUGCUACUCGCCGGAUGAAAUUCUUACAAAGGGUGGCAUAUUUCAACUGCGGAAUUUUCUCUUUUUCUGGCCAGUUCAUUGUCCAAUCCCUCAGUGUGACCUUUCUAAUCUUCUUAUUGGCCAUCACUAUCACCUUAUGCUUGCUUGCAAUCCUAGAAAUCAAAUGGUCAGGAAUCACACUUCAUGAUUGGUGGAGAAACGAACAGUUUUGGUUGAUUGGUGGAACAAGUGCCCAUCCUGCCGCGGUUUUACAAGGACUACUGAAGGUUAUAGCAGGAGUGGACAUCUCAUUCACAUUGACAUCUAAAUCUGCAACGCCUGAAGAUGGAGAUGAUGAAUUUGCUGACUUAUAUGUGGUUAAGUGGAGCUUUUUAAUGGUCCCUCCUAUUACAAUAAUGAUGCUGAACCUGAUUGCAAUUGCAGUAGGCGUUGCAAGAACUUUGUAUAGCCCAUUUCCACAGUGGAGCAGGCUCGUUGGAGGGGUGUUCUUCAGCUUCUGGGUUUUGUCCCAUCUUUACCCUUUUGCCAAAGGCUUGUUGGGAAGGAGGGGAAGGGUUCCAACCAUUGUCUAUGUGUGGUCUGGAUUGCUCUCCAUCAUCAUUUCUUUGCUGUGGGUGUACAUUAGUCCUCCUUCUGGAACACAAGACUACAUGAAAUUUCAGUUCCCCUGA